AUGGAGCCUGCCUCCAUUUCCGGAGAGCAAUGGGCCGCCAGGGUUUCGGGCGAGGCCCUGGAUCUUGCCCAGUGCAUGCAGUUUGUGGAGGACCCAGGUGCCGGUGCCAUCUCCACCUUCUCGGGGGUCACUCGCAACAGCUUCAAGGGCAAGGCCGUCGUGAAGCUGGAGUACGAGUGCUACACCGACAUGGCUCUCAAAAAACUCAAGGCACGUGCUCAGGACGUCUGCGAGGAGUGCUGCCAGAAGCACGCCAUAAUUAGGCUGGCGGUGGCUCACAGGGUUGGUGAGGUGUGGGUGGGCCAGCCGAGUGUCCUCAUCGCUGCCUCCUCGGCGCACCGCCUCGAAGCCAUCCAAGCCUGCCAUUGGGUGAUCGAUGCCCUGAAGGCAACGGUACCCAUCUGGAAGAAGGAAUUUUUCGAGGAUGGCAGCAUCUGGAAGGAGAAUGCCGAGUGCCAGCUGCUUGGGAACAGCAGUGAGGGGCUGGCAUGA